AUGACUCACUCGUUUCUCUUACAGCGCCUACAGACACUCACCAAUCAGCAAACUCCCAGCCAGCCGCCAAGCAGACCGCCUGACCUGCCGGCGGAAGCCGCGCAGAGGGCGGAGGCUGCACGCGCAGGCGGCGACGCGACAGCAGCGCAACGAAAGGGAGCAGGGAGGGUUUCUGGGGAAGCGGAGGAGCAGCGCGGUGGCGUGCGGUUGGAGUCGGUUCUGGCCGCCAAUUCCCUUGUCGCCCUGCCUGGUCGCCCCGCCGUCCCCCCUUACGCCUUCCCCUCGCCCUCCCUCCAAUCUUCGCUCCUUGGCCUCCCCGCUCCCCCUCUGCACACAAGCACUUACGACCCGGCUGUGCUGGGCACUGGGAUCGACUGGGGGGCGGUGCACCGCGAGUGGUUGCGGCGAGGAUUCCCGCGGUAUUCGGGGGAGCAGCUGCGAAUGCGGUGCAAAGUGGUGCGCGGGUGGGUGAAUGACAUUCAGGUGCUUCAGGAGCUGUUGCCGCCUGAAGUCGCCUGGGAUCCCACCACUCAGCGCUUUAGCCCCGACCCCAAGGUGAGGUGUUGUGUGCUUGUGUAUGAUUUCAAGAUGGGUUUACCACCGUCCUCAGCCUCCUCAGCCUCCUCUCCCUCCUCUCCCUCCUCUCCCUCCUCCCCCUCCCCUCCCUCCUCUCCCUCCUCUCCCUUCUCUUCCAUCUCUCCCUCCUUUGCCUCUCCUUCCUCUCUCCCUUCCCUCCCUUUUUCCUAUCUUCCUUACCCGUUCGCCUGCUCCCUCACCACCCCACACCCGCUGCUGCAGCUGGGCAUCAUCCCGCGGCUGAAACAACAUGGGCGGUGGCGGCACUACAAGCGGUGGUGCAAGCACACGGCGCCCUGGCUGCCCCUCGCUCUGCUCAACGCCCACACGUGCCCUGCUGAGGGCCCUCUGCGGGGCGAGGAGGAGUGGGAGGAGGAGGAGGAGGAGGAGGAGGAGGAGGAGGAGGAGGAGGAGGAGGAGGAGGAGGAGGAGGAGGAGGAGGAGGAGGACGAGGAGGAGGACGAGGAGGGGGAGGAGGAUUGGGAAGAGGGGGAGGGAGGGGAGGAGGAUGGGGAAGAGGAGGAGGAUGAAGUGGUGGAGGUGGAGGAUGGGGUGGAGGAGGCGGAGGAGGAGGUUGAGGGUGCGGGGCAACAGGCAGUGCAGGGAAGGGGUGUGAGGAGCAGAGGGGAACGAGAGGGUGCGGAAGCGAGAGGGGUUGGAAUUGGCAGAGCUGGGAAUGCCAGGGCUGGGGUUGGCAGAGCAGCUGGGGUUGGCAGUGCUGGGGCAGGACAGGAGGAUGGUGGGUUAGGCUGUACAGUUGACGCACCGCGGGCCAAUGGCGUUCCCCGUGGUCGCAAUGUAACAUUUGCUGAUAGUGCUCAUGCUGACGUGGCUCGUGCUGAUGGGACUGGUGGUGCAAGUGCGGAUGAGAGGGACGAGUACCCUGCGAGGCUGGCAGCGCGGAUCGCUGGCAUGGCGGCGAGCAGGAGGGAGCAAGGGGAUGGAAGAGGGGAGGGGUUGAGGGCGAUGGAGGAGGGGCCGGGGAUGGGGGAGAUGGAGGAGGAGGAAGUGGCAGUGCGAGGUGCGAUGGAGAGGAAGCGGCAGCGGCGGGUGAUGGAGAGUGUGGCGCGUGCCCUCAAGAGCAUGGCUGAGAAGGGGCAGCCACACGUGCAUAGAGACGCGGUGGCGGACAGUGUGGUCAAGGCGGUGGAGGACGUGCAGGCCCUCCCCUCUCUCACGAACGCGCAGCGCGCAGCGGCCAUCGACGCCUUUCUGCAGCGCCCCCUCGCCGCCCACGCCUUCCAGGCCAUGCGCCCCGCCCUGCAGACCCUCUUCGCCCGCCGCGCCCACGCCCAGGCCAUUGAGAGGCAGCUGGCCGGCGUGCAGGCCGUCGCCGCUGCUGCUGGGGGGGGAGAUGGGGCGCUCACAGACCAGCAGCUUGCGGGGCUGCAGGGCGUGACAGCCGGUGUUGGGGCGGGAGCGGGGACAGGGGGAAUGGUUGGGAGCGGGGGUGUGGAGGCGAUGGGGUUUGGGUCAACUGGAGUGGGGGGUAUGGGAACAGUGGGGGUGGGAACAGGGGGGGUGAGAACAGCUGGGGUGGGAACAUGGGCAGUGGGAACAGCGGGGGUGGGAACAAGGAGGGUGGGAACAGCGGGGGUGGGAACAGCGGGGGUGGCAAUAGCAGGGGUGGGAACAGGGGGUGUGGGAACAGGGGGUGUGGGAACAGGGCGUGUGGGAACAGCGGGGAUGGGAACAGCGGGGAUGGGCAUGGGGGGUACAGGGGUGGGGGAGGAAAUGGGAAGAGAGGGGACGAGCAUGGUGGGAACGGUUAUGGGGGGAACGCGGAUGGGGGAACCGGGAUUCGGUUUGAGGGGAUUGGGGACGGUGGGGCAAACAGGGGCAGUGGGAGGUGUGGCAGGAGGUGGGAGUGUAGCAGGAGGUGGAGGUGUGGCAAGAAGUGGGGGUUUGCCAGGAGGUGGAGGUGUUGAUGCAGGAGCAGGGGGUGUGGGAACGGCAGCAGCAGGUACAGUAGCAGCAGCCCCAGCAGGAGAAGGGAGGGGUGCACAAGGUGUGGGAGGGGUUGCAGGGGGAGUAGGGGAAACCGGGGCGGCAGCAGGGGCAAGAGGAGCAGGAGGGUUGGGCGGCACACAAGGGGCGGGCGGCGUGGCAGGGCUGCAGGUGCUGGGGCCUCGCGUGCAGGAGUUGAUGCAGGAGUUGGUUAGAGAGAUCCUGGGAGCAGUCAAUGCGAGUCAACAGAUGGUCAGCACGGGUCAACAGGCAGUCAGCGCUGGUCAAGGGGCGGUCAAUGCUGGUCAAUGGGCGGUCAACGCAGGGCAGUGCAGCCUGUGCAGCAUCGUUGCCAAUUUCGCCAAAAUGGUGGGCGCCCAGGGUGGCCUGAUGGGGGUUGCUGCUGGGGGAGGAGUGCCCGCAGCAAGCGAUCUGAGGGGGAGUGGUGGUGGGGAAGCGGUGGCUGUGCCGAGUGAAGGAGGAGGGGGUGGUGGGGGAGAUGUACGCAUGUCAGGAGGACGAGGUGGGAGUGGUGGUAGAGGGGAGGAGGGGAUGGUCGUUGAGGUUGAAGGGGGUGGGGCGGGAGAUACGGGAGAGGUGAGAGAGACGGGAGAGGUGAGAGAGACGGGAGAGGUGCGAGAGACGGGAGAGGUGAGAGAGACGGGAGAGGUGAGAGAGACGGGAGAGGUGAGAGAGACGGGAGAGGUGAGAGAGACGGGAGAGGUGAGAGAGACGGGAGAGGUGAGAGAGACGGGAGAGGUGAGAGAGACGGGAGAGGUGAGAGAGACGGGAGAGGUGAGAGAGACGGGAGAGGUGAGAGAGACGGGAGAGGUGAGAGAGACGGGAGAGGUGCGAGAGACGGGAGAGGUGAGAGAGACGGGAGAGGUGAGAGAGACGGAAGAGGUGCGAGAGGUGAGGCCAGGGGGAGGUGGAGAGGGACGGGGGGCUGGAGAAGGAGGGGAGGGCGUAGAAGGAGGGGGGAAUGGGGGAGGGGGGGGUGGAGAGGGAGGGGGUGGUGGAGAGGAACAGAGGGUUGGAGAAGGAGGGGAGGGUGGAGGGUUGGGCGGCACAGGUUGGUUGGGCGGCAUGGCAGGGCUGCAGCUGAUGGGGCAUCGCGUGGAGGAGUUUGUUGGAAGUGAGAGCCUGGGAGCAGUCAACGCGAGUCAACAGAUGGCCAGCACAGGUCAACAGGCAGUCAACGCUGGUCAAGGGGCAGUGGACAUGCGCCAAUCAGCAGUGAAUCAAGGUCCAUUGGAAAGUGUGGGUGCAGGCGAAGGGGCAGUCAACGCUGGUCAAGCAGCAGUCAACGCAGGUCAAGGGGCAGUGAACGCAGGUCACACGGGGAUGACUGGCAAUCCAGUGGUGGUGAACUGGAUUCAAUGCAAGUGCCGUGAGUGUCUGGUUGCUACCUUGGCGGCCAGAAUACGUGAAGGUGCUGUCAACCUGAGUCAAGCAGCAGGCAAUCCAAUUCAAGCAGUAGUCAAUCCAAUUCAAGCAGCAGUCUAUGUGGCAAGUCAACUUGUGGCCAAUGCGGAUCCAAGGAGGAGAGUGGCAGCGAAUCAGGUGGAGACAGCUGUCGGUCAACGAGGAUUUAAUGCAGGUCGUGCAGUCAAUGCUGGUCAAGCACCAGUCAACUCUGGUCAAGCACCACUCAACUAUGGUCGUUGGGCUGCUAAUGCAGGUGGAGGGAUGGGUCAAGGCAGAACAGAGGGAGGAGGAGUGGAAGGAAGAGGAGGGGCUUGGAGGGAAUCAACGAUCGUGGGACUGCUGCAGCUGCUGCUACAAGGCAAGGCGAAGGAAAGGGGUGGGGCUGUGGCGAGGGGACAGGGGGAGAACGGCGGGCAAAGAGUGGAGCAGGGAGGGCAGCAGGGCGAGGAGCAGAGAAGGGGUCAGGGAGGGGGGCAGGGAGGGGUGGCAGGGAGGGGGACAGGGAGAGGGGCAGGGAGUGGGGCAGGGAGUGGGGCAGGGAGAGGGGCAGGAGUGGGGCAGGAAGGUGGGCAGGGGGGGGAAGGACAGGGAGGGGAGCGAGGAGGACAGCAGGGAGGGGAGCAGGGAGGGGAGCAGGGAGGGGAGCAGGGAGGGGAGCAGGGAGGGGAGCAGGGAGGGGAGCAGGGAGGAGGGGGAGCAGGGAGGGGAGCAGGGAGGGGAGCAGGGAGGGGAGCAGGGAGGGGAGCAGGGAGGGGAGCAGGGAGGGGAGCAGGGAGGGGAGCAGGGAGGGGAGCAGGGAGGGGAGCAGGGAGGGGAGCAGGGAGGGGAGCAGGGAGGGGAGCAGGGAGGGGAGCAGGGAGGGGAGCAGGGAGGGGAGCAGGAGGGAGCAGGGAGGGGAGCAGGGGAGGGGAGCAGGGAGGGGAGGGGAGCAGGGAGGGGAGCAGGGAGGGGAGCAGGGAGGGGAGCAGGGAGGGGAGCAGGGAGGGGAGCAGGGAGGGGAGCAGGGAGGGAGCAGGGAGGGGAGCAGGGAGGGGAGCAGGGAGGGGAGCAGGGAGGGGAGCAGGGAGGGGAGCAGGGAGGGGAGCAGGGAGGGGAGCAGGGAGGGGAGCAGGGAGGGGAGCAGGGAGGGGAGCAGGGAGGGGAGCAGGGAGGGGAGCAGGGAGGGGAGCAGGGAGGGGAGCAGGGAGGGGAGCAGGAGGGGAGCAGGGAGGGGAGCAGGGAGGGGAGCAGGGAGGGGAGCAGGGAGGGGAGCAGGGAGGGGAGCAGGGAGGGGAGCAGGGAGGGAGCAGGGAGGGGAGCAGGGAGGGGAGCAGGGAGGGGAGCAGGGAGGGGAGCAGGGAGGGGAGCAGGGAGGGGAGCAGGGAGGGGAGCAGGGAGGGGAGCAGGGAGGGGAGCAGGGAGGGGAGCAGGGAGGGGAGCAGGGAGGGGAGCAGGGAGGGGAGCAGGGAGGGGAGCAGGGAGGGGAGCAGGGAGGGGAGCAGGGAGGGGAGCAGGGAGGGGAGCAGGGAGGGGAGCAGGGAGGGGAGCAGGGAGGGGAGCAGGGAGGGGAGCAGGGAGGGGAGCAGGGAGGGGAGCAGGGAGGGGAGCAGGGAGGGGAGCAGGGAGGGGAGCAGGAGGGAGCAGGGAGGGGAGCAGGGAGGGGAGCAGGGAGGGGAGCAGGGAGGGGAGCAGGGAGGGGAGCAGGGAGGGAGCAGGGAGGGGAGCAGGGAGGGGAGCAGGGAGGGGAGCAGGGAGGGGAGCAGGGAGGGGAGCAGGGAGGGGAGCAGGGAGGGGAGCAGGGAGGGGAGCAGGGAGGGGAUGAGAGAGUGGGGACUGUGA